AUGGAUCCCUUUUCACCUGCACAUCAACCCGACGAGGGGUACUCCGAGGACCCUCUAACGCCCACCGUUAAUCAAGAACUCUCAACCGCCCUCGCUACCCUUCGCUCGCCAUCCGAUUUAAGCUCAUGGCUUGUCACAAACUCGUCUCUUCUACCCCUCCAGGUCAGGACAGAAUUGACCAUGGCCCUGCUCGAUAAUCUACCUACAUCCGUCAUCGCCGAGAUCGUCCAUCGUCUGAACCCGCGACUCUACAUCGAUUUCAUCCAAUAUCUCCCUGCCGAAAUCUGUCUCAAGAUUCUAGGGUUCCUCGAUCCCGUCUCCCUCGUCGGCGUCACGCAAACAUGCCGCGCCUGGUAUGAGUUGGCCCUGGAUAGGAAGCUAUGGGAGCGCCUAUACUACAUGGAGGGGUGGAAGACCAUCUUGAGCGAGAUCGAAGCCUGCGAAACAAAGGUCAACAAUGGCCUCGAAUACUCGAUUCGUCAGCUUAGCCGAAUGCAAUCGACGCAAGACGCCCACCCCAACAAGAUCCGCGCUGUUGACAAUCCCGAUGAAGACUUCGAAAUGACCGAUCGCGACCGUACACCUGGCCCCAGCGAGGCUUUGUCUGGUGGAAGCAUGUUUGGCAGCCCUUCGUCCUCCUUUUCGUCAAGCAGACCUGCCAUCGUGCCAAUGGGUGAGAUGGAUCUCGAUGGCUUGAACUCCAGAACAGCGAGCUUGGACCGAACCUUGUCUUCAUCUUCCGACAGCAGAGGAAAGCGCAAGGAACCGAGCGGCGAACCCGAGUCUUCAGUAGCUCCCAUGUCCCUUGCCGAUGCAGCCAACACUUUACCGCCAUCGCCACUCUACAUCUGGGAUGUAGGCCGAUCACGAUAUCGUAUCAACUGGCGCUAUCUAUACUCUAUGCGACGCAAAUUGGAAGCGAAUUGGGAGCUUGGUAAAUACAGCACCUUUCAAUUCCCCCACCCCAACUUUCCUGAGGAAGGACAUCAGGAGUGUGUCUAUGCGUUGCAGUUCGACAAGGACUAUUUGGUGAGCGGUAGUCGAGAUCAGACGAUGCGCAUAUGGAAUGUGCACACCCGCCGGCUCGUCCGACCUCCACUGACAGGACAUAUGGGCUCUGUUUUGUGUCUACAAUUUGAUGCCGACCCGGAAGAAGAUCUACUUGUCUCUGGAAGUAGCGACUCUAACGUUUUCAUUUGGAAAUUCUCAACGGGAGAGCUGGUGCAAAGAUUGACUAGAGCCCAUCACGAAUCAGUCCUCAACGUGCGAUUUGACAAGCGGAUUUUAGUUACGUCCUCCAAAGACAAAACGAUCAAAAUCUUCAACAGACGUCCUUUGAAGCACGGCGAUCUCGGGUAUGGCGGGAGCGAUAUUGUUGGCCCAGUGCCUACCAACCUGCGAAGAUAUGGUUACGAGCCGGACUUGGCCCAGGAGCUUCCUGUCAAGCCACCGUUCACCAUGAUCGGUCGUCUGGACGGCCAUAGCGCUGCCGUAAAUGCCAUUCAGGUUCGCGACCGCACUAUUGUCUCCGUCUCUGGCGAUAGACAUAUCAAGGUGUGGAAGUGGCCAGAGCAAGUUUGCACCCAGACGAUUCCCGCACACGACAAGGGAAUUGCGUGCGUUGAGUUUGAUGGGCGCAGAAUUGUAAGUGGCAGCAGUGACUGGGAAGUAUGCAUUUUUGAUGCACCUACCGGCCUAAAAGUUGCCCAGUUGCGAGGACACGCACACCUGGUCCGUACUGUCCAGGCUGGUUUUGGUGAUCUACCAUACAGCACAGCUGAAGACGAAGCCGAAGCCAAGGCGGUGGACGCUGAGUAUUUCCGGGCUCUUGAGGCUGGCGAGAUUGACCAUAGCAUGGAUCGAAGACGUCGUAGAGACCGUCGGGCGAAUGCUGGUAGCUCGCGACCUGAGGAUGUGCAAGCGUUUGGUGCCAAGGUGCCUCCUGGUGGUGGUGGUGGAAGAAAGUACGGCCGUAUAGUAUCUGGCUCUUAUGAUCAGAGCAUCAUCAUCUGGAGACGCGACAAGGAAGGUGUGUGGAAACCUGCACACCAUCUAAGACAGGAGGAGGCUGCUGCUGCUGCUCAACGCGAAGCCGCUGCAGCAUUGUCGAGCGCAACAUCGAACGUCGCGGUAGCUGCAUCAAUGACAAGCAGGUCGUCACAUGCGUCUACCAUUGUUCCACGCUCUCCACCUACAAAUGGCACACCACUCGGACCUCUGAUGCUACGCGAUCAUCAUGGAGAUACUCAUCGAACAGCGUCUUCAUACGAAGUUCUCAUUGAUCAAACUGUGCCACUCGGUCCAAGUGCACUACAACAAGUACUUGCGACAUACCCGAUUGUGCUGGCUCAUCACACUUACUUACAAUCCAUCAUUGAACGAGAGACUUCGCCUUUGGUUCGAGCCCAAUUGAGAGGGGUAGUCACGGAUGCUUUGGCCAAUCUUCACACACGCCAAGCACCCUUGCGACACCAGUCGAGUUCUAGCAGCUCUCAACAAACCUCCACUGACAGCGUUCGCACUAACCCGCGGUCGAGUAUCGGGGUACCUCCUCUUGCCACUAUGCCCAUCCCAUCCAACGUACCAGCUGUGCAACCACCGGCCGCGGCUAAUGCCAAUGGACAAGGUGCGCCACCUGGACAGCCAGGCCAAGCACAGAAUGCAGCUGCUGGUCAUCAUCCUCACAUCGCUGCGGCAGAAAACACCUCGGCACGAGUCUUUAAGCUUCAAUUUGAUGCGCACAAGAUCAUUUGCUGCAGUCAAACUCCAACAAUCGUCGGAUGGGAUUUCUGUAACAAGGACCCAGCGCUAGAACAAGCUGUCAGGUUCUUUGCAACAGUGGACUAG